GAGUCUGAUUUCUUAUAUGCACUGUGACUGCCUCGUGUUCUCGCGCUUCGCUAAUUUGCCUUGUAAUUUGUUUUGUUUAUCUUUGUGCUUUUCUUUAUUUUCUUGUAAUGUUUAUGUUCUAUUUUUAAUUUGGUUUGGUUUUAUAUUGUUUAAAUUGACGAACAGAAUCAAAAGUAUUUGUGAUAGCAGAGAAACUAGUUUAUGAGUUUAACCAUGGGGAAAAUCAUGAAAAAACAACCACCGAAAAAAUAUGGCAUUUCUUCACGUCGCUUUCGAAAAAUAGUUCAAGAACGCUUGUUAAACGAUUGCAAUCUCGUGCAAUCUCAGCAUAGUUCAUCGACUCCACUCGAAACAAGUAUUGGAGAAGUCUCAAAUAUUUCAUCACUUUUACCUAAUGUCGAAUUACCUACUUUUAUUGACAGUGAACCACCAUCAAAAUUAUGCAAUGUUAAUAUAGACUUGAAUUUGUGUUCAUCAUCAUUUUCAGACAAUAAUGAAAUUUCUAACGCACCAUGUAUUGAAAACGAGCCUUGUGAAAUGGAAUCCAAUGUUAGUGACAAUGAUUCGGAAAUCACAUGUAAUGAAGACACCAGGAAGACCGAUAGUGAUCUUGGCGAAGAUGACUUGGAAUUAUCAGAUUUUUUAUAUCGGGAUGAAACACCUUAA